UAGGUAACACAAGUCCGCUUGCUGCGAAGAUAGCACAGCAGCUAUCUGGAGUCGCCGGUAUUUCGGGAAUUGACUGAAUUUUGGUUUGUUUAGAUUAGUGAAAUCUGCACGUUUGGAAUCAUGAUGACGAUAAAAGACGGAGAAUACACGGCAACCAUCUACAAACUGAUUAAGGACAGUCAGUAUGUUGAGGCCAUUCACAUCUUAAACAGCCAACUUCAGAAACACACAAGGUCCAGAGCUGCACUCUCUCUGCUGGGCUUCUGCUACUAUCACGUCCAAGACUUCAGCAGCGCCGCAGAGUGCUAUGAGCAGCUCACCCAACUGCACCCGGAGGUGGAGGAGUACAAGGUGUACUACGCCCAGAGCCUGUACAAAGCGGGCGCGUACGCUGAGGCCACCAAGGCCUCCUUUGCACUGGACACGGCCACUAAUCAUAUUAAGAUGAUCAAGUUGCAGGCCUCCAUCAAAUAUUUUGAGGAGAAUUACUCCGCUGCCAAGUCUCUGGUGGAGCAGCUACCCCAGGAGGACCCAGACUACGUCUACAACAUGGGCUGCCUGCUCUACCAGGAUGCCAAGUAUGAGGACGCCUGCAAGAAAUUCACAUCAGCCAUGCAGCUGCUGGGAUACGUGCCUGCACUGUCGUACAACAUUGCGCUGUGUUACUACAGACUGAGCAACUACGCCCAGGCCCUCAAGUACAUUGGUGAGAUCAUCGAGCGAGGCAUCAGGGAACAUCCAGAGCUGAGCGUGGGUCUGACGACCGAGGGCAUCGACGUGCGCAGUGUGGGCAAUACGCUGGUGUUGCAUCAGACUGCCCUCAUCGAAGCCUUCAACCUCAAAGCUGCCAUCGAAUACCAGCUGAAGAACCUGAAAGGAGCUCAGGAGGCUUUGACAGACAUGCCGCCACGAUCAGAGGAGGAGCUGGACACGGUGACCCUCCACAAUCAGGCGCUGCUCAACAUGGACUCCAAGCCGUCACAAGGUUUUGAGAAGUUGGCCUUCCUCCUACAGCAGCCGUCCUUCCCUCCCGUCACUUUUGGAAACCUGCUGCUGCUGUACUGCAAACAUGAGUAUUUUGAUCUGGCAGCCGACGUCCUGGCAGAGAACGCCCACCUCACCUAUAAAUUGCUCUCUCCGUACGAAUAUGAGUUUCUUGAUGCCUUGUUGACCUGCCAGACUGCACCGGAGGAGGCAUUCAGGAAGUUUGAUGACAUGAUUGGCAAAAUGACCGAGAAGUUACGCAAGCUGGCCAAGCAGCUGCAGGAGGCCAAGGCAGUUCGGGAUGACGAAGGACAGAAGAAAGCCCUGCACGAGUAUGACACAAUGCAGGAGAAGUACAUUGUGGUUCUGAUGGCCCAGGCCAAGAUUUACUGGAACCGGGAGAACUUCCAGAUGGUGGAGAAGAUUUUCCACAAGUCGAUGGAGGUGUGCAACGAGGACGACACGUGGAAGCUGAAUGUGGCCCACGUGCUCUUCAUGCAGAACAAGUACAAGGAGGCCAUCAGCUUCUACGAGCCCAUUGUCAAGAAGCACUACAACAAUAUCUUGAACGUGAGCGCGGUGGUCCUGGCGAACCUGUGUGUGUCCUACAUCAUGACCAGCCAGAAUGAAGAGGCUGAGGAGCUGAUGAGGAAGAUCGAGAAGGAAGAGGAGCAGAUCUCCUAUGACGACCCAGACAAGAAAGUCUUCCACCUAUGCAUCGUCAACCUGGUGAUCGGCACUUUGUACUGCGCUAAGGGCCACUAUGAUUUUGGCAUCUCUCGUGUCAUCAAGAGCCUGGAGCCUUACAACAAGAAGCUGGGGACAGACACGUGGUUCUAUGCCAAGCGGUGUUUCCUGUCUCUGCUGGAGAACAUGUCCAAACACAUCAUCACGCUGAAGGGUGUGGUGGUGCAGGAGUGCAUUCAGUUCCUGGAGAACUGUGAAGAGUACGGGAGGGAGGUGCCCGCCAUCAUCGAGCAGCCUCUGGAGGAGUCUUGUGUUCAAAUGGGCAAGAACACGGUCACCUAUGAAGCCCGACUCCUCAAGGCCCUCUUCCACAAGGAUGACACAAAAAUGAUGACUUCUCUAUUGGGCUUUGUGGAGGACUCCAAGAAGAGCCAGUUAAAGGACCUAAACGGGAAUUGUAUCUAUGAAGACGUACGAUUCAGUCCUCUGUCUGCACUCUACUGCGUAACGGGAAGGAAGUUUCCAUUUUGGGCCAGAGAGAGCAGUGUUGGACUCAUGCCCACCAUGACUGUGAGGGCCCAGAGAAGGGGCGGUGGGGAUCACGAGAGGGGCCUCUUGGUUAUGUCCUGCUCUGCCAAGUAGUAGUUUAAAUAUCCUCCCAGGGCGCCGACAGCCACAGCCGUCAUGUGACUGGAGCAGCCAUCUGAAGGAAAAACAUUACAAAUAUUUUUCAAAAUAAAACUUUAUUCCAGCACAAAAGCAGUUUUGUGUGAUUUAAAAAAA